AUGCGGUCCCAACUCCUGCGGGGUGCUGCUCGGUGUUUGUGGGCCCGCAAGAUUGUCAGCCCUGCCCGCCGGCACCUCAGCUGCGGUGGCCUGCCGCUGGAGGAGCUGUUCGCCCGCGGCGGGCCCUUGCGGACCUUUCUGGAGCGCCAGGCAGGGUCUGAAGCCCAGUUGCAGGUCAGGGGGUCUGAGCUGCUGGCGACCGCCAAACUGCUGAGCGAGAAGGAGCGGGAGCUGCAGGAGACCGAGCACUUGCUACACGAUGAAAAUGAAGACUUAAGGAAACUCGCAGAGAACGAAGUAUCCUCCUGCCAAAAAGAAAUAACGCUGCUGAAGCAUAAGAUUAUUUUCCUUUUGGUUCCCUCAGAAGAAACAGAUGAAAAUGAUUUGAUCCUGGAGGUAACUGCAGGAGUUGGGGGUCAGGAGGCAAUGUUGUUUACUUCAGAGAUGUUUGAUAUGUAUCAGCAAUAUGCUGCAUUUAAAAGAUGGCAUUUUGAAACCCUGGAAUAUUUUCCAAGUGAAAUAGGUGGCCUUAGACAUGCAUCUGCCAGCAUUGGGGGUUUAGAAGCCUAUAAGCACAUGAAAUUUGAAGGAGGUGUGCACAGAGUACAAAGAGUGCCGAAGACAGAGAAGCAAGGCCGCAUCCAUACUAGCACCAUGACUGUAGCAGUCUUACCCCAACCGACUGAGAUUAAUCUGGUAAUUAACCCGAAAGAUUUGCGAAUUGAUACUAAGCGAGCCAGUGGAGCUGGAGGACAGCAUGUAAAUACCACAGACAGUGCUGUCCGGAUAGUUCAUCUUCCAACAGGUGUUGUUUCUGAAUGCCAACAAGAGAGAUCUCAACUGAAAAACAGAGAGAUGGCUAUGAAAAAGCUACGUGCAAAACUGUAUAGCAUGUAUCUAGAAGAAGAAACAAGGAAAAGAUAUAGUGCUAGAAAGAUUCAGGUUGGAACUAAAGGAAGGUCAGAGAAAAUAAGAACAUAUAAUUUUCCACAGAACCGGGUCACAGAUCACAGAAUAAACAAGUCACUUCAUGAUCUUGAAACUUUUAUGCAGGGGGGGCAUCUACUGGAUGAACUUGUACAGUCCUUGAAGGACUAUGCUGAUUAUGAAUCUCUAGUAGAAAUUAUUUCCAAAAAAGCCUGACUUAUUAUUAAAGACUUUUAUAGCUUAUGAAAAUUCACAGCAAAUUACAUUGUGUGUUAAGUACUCACUAGUAUUCUCUUAAAAAACAUGAGUUAACUCAGAUACACAGAAGUAAUGUGUGUAUUUUUAAGACAGAUAAUUUAUAUAAAUCUUCUCUUAGUGUAUUAGUGAAAAAUAUACAAUACAAACAUGACUCUGGUUAUAUAUUUUGGACUCUUCCUAUGAGAAGUAAACACAAAAACAGUACUUUAUAUAAAAUGUUUAAUAAAUGAUCACAAAUUUAACUAAUGAAAAACUUCAAACAUAAAAUAGUAUGAUAAUAAAUACUCUAUUAGUCAAAGUCCGAUUAAGAGGCAGAAACCAUACCAUGAAUUUGAACAGGGAUAAUUUUGAUAACAAAGACUUUUUAACUCGUAAUAGGAUAAGCUGUUAGGAGAUAAGAGCAACUCAUAUACUAGGACUGAGAAAGAGAACCCAAGGGAAGAACACCUUUCGAAGGGGCUUCCCAAAGGUAGAGUCAGACCUACUCGAGAGACCGUGGCUCUGGCCCACUUAACAGCAAAGUUCCAUGGGCCAGAGCUGGUCUGCAGGUGGUAAUGGAUCAGGCCUUGUAGACAGAACCCCAAACCCUCUGGAACAGUAAGCAAGCAGCCUCCCACCAGGGUGUCCGCAAAACUUGCUGGACGGUUAAGCAUCCAUUUGUAUCUGCAUUAGUCAGGAUCCUUCAGAGAAACCAAACCAAUAGGAUACGUGAGACUUAUUAGGAGGAAUUGGCAGAUAGGACUUGU